GGAAAACAGUCCGACACCUGACACUAUGAAAGCUCUCCGCCCAUCAGAGAGUAUUGGCAGUGUGUGGUGCACGGCGCGCAGCGUGGACUUGGAGAUGUCUUGGAAGCAUUACGCACGACAACACGAUAAAUGCGAAACCGUCUUUUAGAAGGACAGGACACUUUCAGUCUGAACUGGACUCAAUUCCAACUUUUGGUUUGGCAAGCACCUCUUUCGCAGCCUCCUCAAGACGCUUUUCUCAUUUUCUCCUGACGGCGGAUGAAACUCAAAUCUCCCCUUUCGCAGCAGCAGCAGCAGCGAGUCUGGAGGACUUCCCCUCCUCUAGUCCUCGGGUCACGGUGACUAUAGAGAAAUGGAAACGAUGUAAAUAGCUUGGAGGGGGGACACAAACUCUGCAGAGCAACAGUUUUUUUUAGAUAUCUCAAAAAAGAGAGGAUGAUACCACCGGCCAACAUGAUUCAGGACGAAAGUGGGGGCAAAGAGGACGAACGGGACCAGGAUGAGACACCCAAAUCCCCAACGGCGAACGCCAGCCAGCAGGAAACCAAGAAUACUGUGAGGCCUGAACAUCAGAAGCGCAAGCUGCAGAAACUCAAACGCUCCUUGUCCUUCAAGACCAAGAGCAUCCGCAGCAAGAGCGCAGACAACUUCUUCCGAACCAGCAGCGACAACAAGACGGAGCUGCUGUCAGACGUGAGCAGCAGCACGGGCCAUCUCUGCAACAUAGGGAUGGCCCCACCGCACACUACCAACAUCCCCAUCCCUCCGGUCCCUCCUGCCAUCCCCUGUGCUCCUCCUCCUACAUCGCGCUCCCAGUCACGCAACCCACUGCAAGUCGACUCAGCAGGACACUGUUUCAUGGAGCACAUCUUUAAGAAGCCCACGUUCUGUGACGUCUGCAACCACAUGAUCGUAGGUACAACAGCCAAGCAUGUGGUGUUCCUGGCGGGAAACACGGCAAAGCACGGCCUCCGCUGCAAAGCCUGCAAAAUGAGCCUCCACCACAAGUGUGAGAACGGAGUGGGACAGCAACGCUGCAUGGGCAAACUGCCAAAAGGCUUUCGGCGGUAUUACAGUUCUCCAUUACUGAUCCAGGAACAGUAUGGCUGCAUCAAAGAAGUCAUGCCCAUCGCCUGUGGAAACAAGGUGGACCCUGUGUAUGAGGCCUUGAGGUUUGGGACGUCGCUGGCACAAAAGGCCAAGAGGGCCAGUGGGUCUGAGUCUCCACACAGAAACUCGACCAGUGACUUGGACAAGGUUCCAGAGGAAGUGGUGGCUCACAGCAGUAGGCAGGAGCUGUCGAGAAAACACAGCGAUGACGUUUUCACAGUCAUUGAAAAUGGAACAGAGCAUUACCUCCAGGCAGAGAGAAAAUCUGACGAUUUGCAGUUGGAGCAGAGCCAGCUACAGAAAGACGUCCUCAAGCUCAACACCUAUGUGGCCUUGUUCAGCUUCACGCCCCAAGAUAGCCAUGACCUGGAGAUGAACGCGGGAGACAGAAUCUUAUUGGCUGACGACUCCAAUGAUGACUGGUGGAAGGGGGUAAUUGAGGACAGGAUCGGUUUCUUCCCAGCAGCUUAUGCUCAUGAGGUGCGGUCUGAGGACCAAGUGUUUAGAUGUAACAGGACGUUUAUCGGCUGCAAGGAACAAGGCCAGAUCACCCUGAAGGAGGGACAGAUCUGUGUAAGCAGCGAGGGCGAACGCAGCGGCUUCAUCAGAGUGGCGAGUGGAAAGAAGAGAGGCUUCGUGCCCUGUGACGUUCUGGAAAUCAUCUGAGGCAAAAACUCAGAGAGAUGAAGAGACAGAAAGAGAGAGGGAGGAAGGAUCAGCCGCCUGGAGGUCAGAGGGGGAGGAAACUGAACCUGCAAAAUGGCUGCAAGAAACCAGUUAAGGAGUUUGCCUGAAAAGAAAUGUGGAGUUUGGACGUAACGGUGAUGCUGGAUGAGGACUUCACUUUGUCGCAGGUCAGAGUCUCUGUACCUUCUUCACUCUCCUCACACCACAGACACACAUGCUGGGACAACAGACGGUUUGUUGUUUGCAGGGAGACAGGAGAUCGCUGUUUCACUGGAUUUGAUUUAAUUUAUAGAGCCGAUAUGUGUGUUUUUUUCCCUCUUUAGUUUUAUUCUGCUUCGAGCUGUUUAUUUUUUGAAAGUGGAACUGCCGUCCGGCUGUUUAAGCCAAAGAAAAAGGAAACAAACACUACAAUGAUUAUUUUUCAAGGUUGCAACACACACAGUACAAUUGCAUUCCUCUUACAAGUAGUUUAGCGUCUCAUGUUUUUGCAUUAGGUUUCAAGCUGAAGUUGAGCUUUUCAUGCAAAGUAGUUUUCAAUAGAAUCCAAAAUGUCCUUGUUGUCAGAUGGAAAAACUGAGUCAAAAUAAACAACAUAUACAAUGAAAUGAGAAAACUCUGUAUUUGAAGCUUCAAAUCUCCCUUAAAAUCUAUCAAAUGAAAUAUCAAUAACUUCCUCCGUACAGUUAGGUUUCUGUGACACAACUUAAAAAGGUUUCCAUGCAUCUCAAGUGGGAAACAGUACAUCAGAUGCAACAUAGAGAUGUGUGGGAGUAUUUUCAGAUAUUCUCAAUUGUCUUUCAAAAUAUCGCCCUCAAAUUCCCCAGAUUUAUAAUGUCUAACUGCAAUCCAGAAUUUUACUUAUGAUGACAGUGAUAUACAUUUUUUAUCUUAUUUUGAAUCAGAAACGAUUAAAAUCGGUGUUUCUGAUCCUGUUUUUACCUGGUAUUAACAUGUGCUUUGGCAACCAAGCCAAAGCGUUAGUCCCUGCGUCACAUGCGCUAGGUCAACAGCCCCACGGCACAGUUAUCAUGUCCUUGUUAGCUGCUUGCUAGUCCUGUUAGCAGUUGUGUCAGUAGAGGACAUACUGCUGUCUUACUCGUCUUACUCUUACUCCUCCUCUCUGCCCCCUUUCAUGUCAUUCUCAAGCUGUCCUAAAAUAAAGGCAAAAAGCCAAAAAGAUGAAAAAAAUGGGCAUGUUAGAGAGCAUUGGCAUGAUAUCACCAAAACAACCACCAAGUCCUUUAUUGAUGACGUAGUAGGACGCAUUAGCUUUUACCCGACAAAAGACAUGUGGUCAAAUGCGUUCCAGACUACCUCGGAGAGGGGUUUGAGUGGUCAGAUAACAAUGUGUCUCGGUGGCUGUUUACACUUGUAUUUAGCGCUGCCCACUUGUGAUCUGAUCACCCAAGAUGCAUGUUGAUAACAGGUGUAAACAGUCUCUUGGUGAACACUAAACUUGGGAAUGGAAACGAGAUCUGGAUUGUCUGACCCAUCAGAAUCGUAUGUCUCUGAGCUCAGUAAUUCCUUUUAUCAAUGCCAGUUGUUUUUAUGUGUUUGCAAAACAAUGACAUCAAACUCUUGCAUCUGCGCUGCUAGAAACAAGAAUGAGACAUGGAGGAGAGAAAAAAACAUUCUGUGGCUUUAUCUCUUUACCUUGAUAAGAAAGGUGAUAACAAUGCUGCUUGUAAUGUCUGUAAAAUAAAAUUUAAAUUAAUUUCAAGUAAGAAACAUCAGUGAUAUGCUGAAACAUCUUUCUCAUCAACAUGAGCUUAAAUUCUGCCAUAUAUCUGACACUCUAUGCAUGACCACUGCUUCCCUAACUAGCAGCACGUCCAUUACCGAGUUGUCUGUGUUACAACAUUAGUGCCACGCAGGCAGGUUUAGCAGACAAAGAAAACCUCUAUGAGAACGAUUGCUGAUUAGAUAUUCAAACAUCGAUAAGGAAUCAGUAAGGGAAUCCAUAAAGAAUCAGACUGUCAAGUUGAAUUGGUAUCAGCCAUUGCUAAAUGUACCAGAUUUAACAUUUUUGCAUUUUCUCCAUGCUGCAGAAUCUAUCAUAUGUAUCUGUUUUUUUUUGUUGUUGAUUGAUUAAUGGAUUUAAUUGAUUAAUGGAUUUAAUUUUCUCUCUAUAAAUCAUCAAAAAUUUCACAGCUUUAUUGCUACAACAGAAUCAUUAAUGAUUUAAUCAUCGUUAUCUGCUGUGAGUCCUCUGUGAACAUAUGAAGGCACCUUUUAGACAUCAAAACAUGUAUAAAAAUAAUACAUUUCUAGUUUCCGUCUUGACUUUAAAUGUGAUCACUCUCGUGUGGUUUUCCUCUUUUUUCACCACAGACAGUCUUGAACAGCAUUUCUCGUUCAGAUUCUAGUGAAGUGCGUUUACGGAGAGCUGUUUCAUCAUAGUAGAUAUAGUAUAUCUCUUCAAGGUUGUUCUGAACUGAAACUAGGUUUAACUGAAUGUCCAAAAACCCUUCAUUGUACAUACUGUACAUAAAAAUUAAAAUUUCUUCUUUAUCACAACACAAAGUGUAUUAUGCUAAUUCUGUGGUGUCACAUCUUUUUUUCUGUAACACAGAUAUUACAAUUAUUUCUGUAAAAGAAUAUGCAUUAUAUUUCAUGUAUCUCAUCCUAAAUGUUACUGAUUCUUUUGUCAGUCAGAAUGUUUCUUAAAUUUCUCUCACGGUUCUCUGUCCUCACUCACAUUAAUUCACCAUCAAUAAUAGGCUCAUCAUUCGCUCAAGUGGGCCCUACAAAAAAUGAUGCAUCAUGCAAUUAUGCAUAUUAUGAUGUGAUUUAGUUGCCAGUGAAAACAACUGGAUUGUGACUCAGUAAUUCAGAGUGCGUAAAGAACCAAAUACAUUUUCCCAGCUCAAAGUCACAGUGAUACACAGUGAUGCUUUUAUUGAGAUUUAUAUUUCACAGUUGCUUUGUCUCAGUCCCAAACUCUUUGUGUUAAAUGUUAUACUUCAGACGCAAAGCCAAAUCACACUAAUCAUGGAAAAUCUAAAUGAAUUUGCCAAUUAAAGAAGUGCAGCUUGCAAAAGUUUCAAGACAGUUUUUACUUAAAUGAAUCUUCAAUCAUACAGCCAUUGGUACAUGACUGUGCAAGGCAUUAUGAAUCUACUAAAGCCAAUCCUGAUGCAAAAAAAGACUCACAAAUGAAGGCUGCAUUCGUCCAAAACAUAAACCAUGAAGAACUUUCUUUUAAUGCUAUUCGGCUUCAGUCUAUUGGGCAUUACUUUGCAAAUUAAAGAAUAUUGUAAACCAUAACAAGAAUCCCUUAAAAUGCGCUCAUGCAAUAAAAACCUUAUUUAAAGUUCUAAAACAGUUCACUCCAAACCAUCUUAAAAUGUAGCUCUAUUUGAGAUUGACAACUCAUUCCUAACUUUUAUACCAACAUGGAUAAAAUUCCCUAAAAGUUUUUUACUUUUUACUUUGUAUAAAUAAUUCAGGUUGGAAACAAAACAAAACAGUGACUGUUGUUUCGGGGACACUUUCUCCUCCAUCUCACAGUUCAGUAAGCCUUAGUGAUUUUCCCCCAUUUGAUCUACAGGACCAUCUGACCACACAAUCUGCACACUCUGCAGUCCACCAUGAGACAGUCUGCUUCACUGCAGACUUCAGAAGCUUCAACAGCUUCAUUAGGCAGCUGCUCACAUAUUUAAAUUGUCUCUGGAGACACAGCCGAACUGGAGAGGUUGAGGCAAUCACGCACAUUUUACUAUUUCAGUGUCUGCCCAUUUUCUUGUGUGUGGUGUCUGUGGAUGACACACACAACAGGGCCCACACUGCAGGACACCAGCCAGUCUCAUAUACCUGACACUAGCGCCACCUUUCAGCUCAAUGGAGUAACAGCAGCAUCAAGUUUCUGACAGAGAAGGAGCAACGGAGUUUAAAAAUUACACUCUCACUCUUUCACCUCAUGAGCUGAAGUUUAAGGUAAGUCAAAAUUUCAGUUUGGCUGCAGAUAGGAGAAUUAAGUCAGUCGUGUGUAAAUGACAUCAGAGGUGUUCAUGCACACUGGACGUACACGAUUGGCACACUUAUGUGUUGGUCUACCAUUCACAUUUCAGUUCUUGUCCCAAUAGUGGGACGAGAGUAGAAAUUACUUCUCUGUGUGAAAGAUCAACUAUUAGCUGCUCUAAUUCAUAUUUUUUAAAGGAACAGUUCACAAAAUGACUGCCUUUAAUGUGGAAGGGAUUGCUCAUAUUGAACCCACUUUAUGAUUAACACCACAUAUCACGGGCCUCACGGCUUUAGAACGACCUGCAUGAGGAGAUAAAGCUGGCCAAAUCUGUGACUUCUUUUAAGACUGUGAUGUCAUCUUUUAUUUGAUUUUGUCUCGUUUCUUUUAUUUCCUUUUAUCU